CCAACCUUCAGGGAUUUGAACCACCUCAAGUCGAAAAUCCAUUCUUCGAUAGAAGACUGAGCCUCAACACUCUGCCCAAGUUCUUGACAACAAUGCUCCGAGUGGGCUUCCUGGGCCUGGGCGUUAUGGGCGCGCCAAUGGCCUUGAAUGUAGCCCGGACGUUCCCUCUAACCGUCUGGAAUCGAAGUAGCUCCAAAUAUCCACCGUUAAUACAAGCAGGGGCAAAUACGGGUUCGUCGCCAUCCCAUGUCAUCCGGCAUUCCGACAUCAUCUUCAUGAUGCUCUUCGACGAACACGCCAUCCGCGCCGUCCUCACCGACGACGUCCGACACGAAAUCCGAAGCAAGACUCUCGUUAACAGCAGCUCCGUAUCGGUCGAGUUCAGCCACUACCUGAGCGAGCAAGUGCGCAACGCAGGCGGCGAGUUCAUCGAGAUGCCUGUCAGCGGCAGCACAAUCCCCGCCGAGCAGGGCCGGCUGGUCGCCAUGAUGGCCGGCGACAGAACCGUGGCCGACCGCAUCAAGCCCUUCGUCGAGCCCAUGACCAGCGCGGCAGUCUACUGCGGGCCCAUCGGCUCCGGACUCAAGAUGAAGUACGCGAUCAACACUCUCCUCAUCGCCAUGACGGCCGGCCUCGCCGAGGCCAUGAACCUGGCUCGGGCGCAGGGUCUCGACCUCAACGCCUUCGGGCAGGUGCUCGAUGCCAGACCCCUGGCGUCGGCGUACUCCAGGAUCAAGGUGGCCAAGAUGCUAAAUCAGGACUGGUCGGCUCAGGCGGCAAUCAGGGAUUGCUACAACAGCACCCAGCUGAUCCUGGCGGCUGCCCGGGAAGCCAACACUCGGUCGCCCCUGAUGCAGCUUUGUUCUUCGCUGUACCGGCACGCGAUCGAGUCUGGGCUCGGCGACGAAGAUAUGACUUCCUUGGUCAAGUGCUUACCAGGACCAAAUGGAUUCCAGGACAGAUUAGGGUCCUCAGAAGUACGACACCCACAGGGAAACCGUGACCGCGGUGAAUGAUGAAAAUAGUGCCGAAGUGGCAUGGCCAAAAUGCUGGCACUGAGGAUUGCUUCUCGUUCCAGAGAGAUAGAAGAUCCGUCGGCCCUCGGGGGUGCGCCAUGUGAUGCAGUGAUGAGGCGUUCUCCCAGCUACUCUUGCAUUCCCCAGGGUCUGGGGUUGGGAGGAACCUUAACAUGCAGUGGCCUGGGAAUGGCUUCAUUCCGGACCAAGGCCUUCACUAAUAGACGGGCCUAGCCUCCGAUAUCCUCACUUUGGAUCUCCCCGAAGUUUCGCUCCGAAGCUUGCUCCUUCGCUGGAAUGGAAGUAGAAGCGGUGAGCGCCGUAAGGGUGACGUGGGCAGUUGAAUAGAUCUCAGAUGUGCUCUUGUCAUGCAGUUGCCCGAUCACGACUCUGUGACAGCUUUUGUGGUUACCAAAUCAUGGAUUUAGCUGACGAGCGAGCGGCUAGACGAAAU